GCGCGCGCUCAUUUGCAGCUCAUCUGGUAGUUUCCCUUUUGCACGAGAAUAUUCGUAACACACUUACUUUCGUGCAAAAAUGGCUGAUUUAGAGGAGAGAGUAGACACUCCGUCACCCCUGCCUCCGGCGGCUCUCAAAUUGAAAAUACCACCCAAGGCAGGAGGGAGUGGUGUAGGGGAAGAAUAUGACGAAAAAUUGGAAAAGGAUCGAUCGUGUCGGUUUGACUUCUUGCUGCAGCAGACCGAGAUCUUCACUCAUUUCAUGAGCACGACGAGUGCCAUGAAGUCCCCGACCAGCCCCCUCAAAAUCAAGCCAGGCAGACCCAAGAUGAAGAGAGAUGAGAAACAGAAACUCUCUGCAGUUGGAGAUCAUCGGCACAGAAAGACAGAGGAGCAGGAAGACGAGGAGCUCCUGACGGAGUCUCGCAAGGCCACGUCAGUCAUCACACAGUUUGAGGAGUCACCAAAGUACAUCAAGAACGGUGAGAUGAGGGAUUAUCAGGUCAGAGGGCUCAACUGGCUCAUCUCGCUCUACGAACAUGGCAUCAAUGGAAUCCUAGCUGAUGAAAUGGGUUUAGGUAAAACGCUUCAGACCAUCUCCCUGCUGGGCUACAUGAAGCACUACAGGCACAUCCCCAGCCCCCAUCUCAUCAUCUGCCCCAAGUCUACCCUCGCCAACUGGAUGGCCGAGUGUGAACGAUGGUGCCCUUCGCUCAGGGCCGUCUGCCUGAUCGGUAACCAGGACCAGAGGUCCGCCUUCAUCCGAGAUGUAAUGAUGCCUGGAGAAUGGGAUGUCUGUAUAACAUCGUACGAGAUGGCCAUCAGGGAGAAGUCUGUCUUCAAGAAGUUCAACUGGCGCUACCUGGUGAUCGACGAGGCUCACAGGAUCAAGAACGAGAAAUCUAAGCUCUCUGAGAUUGUCCGUGAGUUCAAGACCACAAACCGUCUCCUCCUGACCGGGACACCCCUUCAGAACAACCUCCACGAGCUGUGGGCUCUACUCAACUUCCUCCUUCCUGAUGUCUUCAAUUCUUCGGAGGACUUUGAUGCCUGGUUCAGCACCCAAGAUUGUCUAGGAGAUAACAGUUUAGUCACAAGGUUGCAUGCUGUUCUGCGGCCCUUCCUGCUCCGACGUCUAAAGUCUGAGGUGGAGAAGGCCCUUCUCCCUAAGAAAGAGACCAAGAUGUACGUUGGUAUGAGCAUAAUGCAACGAGAAUGGUACACCAAGAUCCUCAUGAAAGACAUCGAUGUUGUCAACGGAGCUGGAAAGUCAGACAAGAUGCGGUUGAUGAACAUCCUCAUGCACCUGAGAAAGUGUGGGAACCACCCAUACCUGUUCGACGGAGCAGAGCCUGGCCCGCCCUACACGACGGACAAACAUCUUGUGGAAAACUCUGGAAAGAUGUCGGUUCUUGAUAAGCUCUUGCCAAAGCUGAAAGAGCAAGGUUCUCGCGUGCUGAUCUUCAGUCAGAUGACGCGUCUCCUGGAUAUCCUUGAGGAUUACUGCGUGUGGAGGGGUCAUAACUACUGCAGGCUCGAUGGACAGACUCCCCACGCCGAAAGACAGGAGAGCAUCAAUAACUUCAACAUGCCAGACAGCGAGAAGUUUGUGUUCCUGCUGAGUACCCGAGCGGGUGGUCUCGGAAUCAACUUGGCCACUGCUGACAUUGUCGUCCUCUACGACAGCGAUUGGAAUCCCCAGGUCGAUCUACAGGCCAUGGAUCGUGCGCAUCGUAUCGGUCAGAAGAAGCAGGUUCACGUUUUCCGCUUCAUCUCGGAGAACACCGUGGAAGAGCGCAUCGUAGAGAGGGCAGAGAUGAAGCUUAGACUGGAUAACAUUGUCAUUCAGCAAGGACGACUCGUUGACUCUAAUCUGAAGUUGGACAAGGACCAGGCCUUGGAGAUGAUCCGUCAUGGAGCCAACUUCAUCUUCUCCUCCAAGGACAGCACCGUGACUGACGAGGACAUUGACCUCAUCCUGCAGAAGACGGAACAGAAGACGACCAAAUUCAACGAGAAGCUCAACAAGAUGGGAGAGAGCGGUCUGCGUAACUUCAGCAUGGACGCCCCCAGCAAGAGCAUCUUCUCCUUCGAAGGAGAGGAUUACAAAGAGAAGCACAAACAAACCGGUAUCAACUGGAUCGAACCGCCCAAGAGAGAACGCAAGGCCAACUAUGCCGUGGAUGCUUACUUCAGAGAAGCACUGAGGGUCAGCGAACCCAAGGCACCAAAGGCCCCAAGACCACCCAAGCAACCUAACGUGCAAGACUUUCAGUUCUUCCCACCACGCCUCUUCGAACUUCUGGACAAGGAAAUCUAUGCCUACAGGAAAGGCAUCGGAUACAGGGUGCCUCUGAACCCCGACGUAUCCGACGCCUCCAAGGUCCGCAAGGAAGAGCAACGCAGGAUCGAUGACAGCUGUCAGCUGGAUGAAGCUGAGAUCCAGGAGAAAGAAAGUCUACUCACUCAGGGAUUCACUGACUGGAACAAGAGAGAUUUCAACCAGUUCGUGAAGGCAUGUGAGAAGUUCGGCCGCGAUGAUGUCGAGAGCAUCUGUCGGGACGUAGAGGGCAAGCCACAAGAAGAGGUGCGUGAGUAUCUGAACGUGUUCUGGGAGCGCUGCAACGAGCUCCAAGAUGUGGACCGCAUCAUGGCUCAGAUUGAGAGAGGAGAGUCCAAGAUCCAGAGGAAGAUUGGUAUCAAGAAGGCUCUAGAUGCAAAGAUGGCUCGUUACCGUGCACCGUUCCACCAGCUCCGCAUCCAGUACGGAACCAACAAGGGCAAGAACUGGACCGAGGACGAGGACCGGUUCCUGGUCUGUAUGCUCCACAAGCUGGGCUUCGACAAGGAGAACGUCUACGACGACCUGAGGAGUGGCGUCAGACAAGCCCCGCAGUUCCGCUUCGAUUGGUUCAUCAAGUCUCGUACAGCCAUGGAGCUACAACGUCGCUGCAACACCUUGAUCACCCUGAUCGAGAGAGAGAACCAAGAGCUUGAAGAGAAGGAGAAGGUGGAUAAGAAGAAGGGCAGAGGAGGCGGUAAAGUAACUGGCAGGGGUAGCAUGGGCACACCUAAGACUGAGAAGAGAAAGGCUGACGAUGACACCGAUGGUAGAGGUCGCAAGAAGAACAAGAAGUGAAUCCACCCAGACCUAGAUGUAUAUACCCAGCCAUGAGACCUUGAGAAAAACCACAAGUGAAAAUCAAAUACCUGUGAAACAGUUGAGAAUGAGGUGCUCUCAGUCUCGACACCUGGGGAGCGUUUCACAAAACUUGUCAUCAGUGACAAAUUACAGUUUUUGUUAUAAGCUACUGAAAUCCUUGCUUCUGAUUGGAUAUCAGCAGAUUUGUCACUGAUUCUUGUCAUUUGUCAUUGAAAAUGGCUUUGUGAAACAGGCCCCUGUCCUCAGCUUAACUUAACGUAGUUUUGAUUCUACUUGUAGUUUUGGCAUAGGAACCCCUGGACUCUACUAUACCAUCAAUACCGAUAUUUAAUAGAAUACAUUCCUUAUACUAGUGAUGUCAUGAUUGCCUUGAGUAAAGUCAUUGGAAACCAUUACAGUCAUCAUGGUAUAACUAUGCCGUGGAUGAUGACCAAAUGAAUUGAUUGUACAGUAUAUUGCGAUGUAAGAAAAUGGGUAGCAUAGCAAAAGUAGAGUAAUGUCCAAGCUGAGGCCGUGAUUUUUUCUGCAAAGCAUUUAACACUGAUUUAAGGCCCCUCUGGUCCUUAUGUAUUGAUUAACUACAUGUAUAUUUAUUCAUUUGAGUAGAAAAAAACUGUAAAAUAAAAUGCAUGAGUGAUGGACGUCUGAAUAUUUAAACAUUUUGUAAAUAGUGCUAGUUUGUGAUAAAACAAUGUGAAGAGUACAAAAGUAAAUCUUGAGGGCGAAGCAGUGCUUAUUUUGACAAUUUUGUUUGAAGAAAAAAAAAGAUUUACAAUAUUGGUGCAUCAAUAAUAAUAGUCCACGACUGUGACAGUGAUAUAGUGCAGACCACAGUUAUGCAGCAAGUGUAAUACAGUUCAAUUGGAUUGUUGAAUUAGAUUGUGACUCCGAAAAUAUCAGUUCAGUAAAUUCCUUUUUUCAAUAUCACAAUGGUGUAUUCGUUGAAGUUUCAUUUUAUGAAUCAAUUAUUGCCAACACUGUGUUCCAUCUGAGAAUGUAAGCAUUGUGUAACCAAUUAGUAAAUGACUAAACUAUUCUGAAUGUGUUUGUGGCUCACACGUAUUUAAUUAACUCUAUUCUUGUCUUGUUUAGUUUCUCCUUAUGAUUGAAAGUAACAGGAUUAUGUAUUCAAUUUGAUAUAGAUCAUAAUCUCAUAUGAAUUAUUUGCCAUUUUCAGCUUGUAUGUACAAUUGUAUAAGACUGCAUAAUCACAAAAUGCUUCUUCUUUUUUUUUGUGAAGAAGAUUUUUUUAUGGGGAGGUUUUAUUUGACAACUGUUUGAUGAUGACCCUGAUACUCAUGAUUCAAUCAACAUCAUCAUUUAUUGAAGUCAACACUUCCCCUCUUACGAGGGGUUACUGACUUUUAUGCCAUGAUGACACUUCCUCCCUCCCUCCUCUUCUAACAGGAUAAGUAUGAACGAUUCUUGCAUUGUACAUGUACUCAAGCUCAAACACAUGAUUCUUCUUUACAAAAUAUAUAACUGCAGUAGAAACUCGUCUAUUGAGGCCAUCGGAGGAAAACAGAGAUAGUGGCUACUGAAGACAGGUGGCCAUUCUAGGAAGUUCUUUUUUUCCUCAAGGGAUGCAAAAUGCACAGCUACUAUAGAAAAGUGGUCUCUAUAUAAAGGUGACCACUGAGGCAGGUUGACUUUGAUUGUAUUUCUGUUUUUGAUUUCAAAUGACAUUAUGAAGCCAUCAAUUCCUGAAUAAAUUCAAUGAUUAAUAAUCUACAGAAUUACUAUGUUAUUAUUAACCUUGUAUGUAGUCGCAAAUACUUUGUUUCGGUCACAUAUUUUUUGUAAUCAAGUUCAUUCAGACUUUAAAACAGACAUCUCUUUGUUUUCGUUGUUUAUUUCACUGACCUCACAUAUUUCAGCAGAAGAAAUCACCUUUUUCCAGCGUUAACUAUCUGUGUAGCACUACAUGUACAAGAAAAAUAUUUUUGUUGCAUAACCAAUACAGUGUAAAACGUCUACCAGUAAUUUAAGUUAUGCUUUGAUUCUUCAAAGAAAGUUUAAUGUGAUUUUUUUUCUUUGUUUUGUGUACUGUCUUUGCAUUAAAAUAAAACUAUUUUCAGUGGGUAAAAAUUGA